GACACGUGAACACACACACACUCACUCCUCAGAAUGACACAGCUCUGAUCGGAGGGAGGUGAUCUCUGAAAUUGCUCAGUGAGCACCCCUAAUUUCCCUGAUUUACAUAUCGCUGUCAAUCACACCCAAUGGAAUCCAAUCAGAAAGCAAGCGGGGACGGACUGGCGGGGACGCAGAAGGAGGCGGCGCUCCGGGCGCUCAUGCAGCGCACAGGAUACCAGCUGAGACAGGAGAACGGGCAGCGGCGGUACGGCGGCCCUCCACCCGGGUGGGACGGCACACCACCGGAGAGAGGCAGCGAGAUCUUUGUGGGGAAACUACCGAGAGAUCUGUUUGAAGACGAGCUGGUGCCGCUGUGUGAGAAGUUUGGAAAGAUCUACGAGGUGAGGAUGAUGAUGGACUUUAACGGGAACAACAGAGGUUACGCCUUCGUCACCUUCAGCACCAAACAGGAAGCCAAAACAGCCAUGAAGCAGCUCAACAACUACGAGAUCAGGAAUGGCCGCCUGCUCGGCGUUUGUGCCAGCGUCGACAACUGCCGUCUGUUUGUCGGCGGGAUUCCAAAGACCAAGAAGCGCGAGGAGAUCCUGUCUGAGAUGAGGAAGGUCACUGACGGGGUCAUGGACGUCAUCGUGUACCCGAGCGCCGCCGACAAAUCCAAGAACCGAGGCUUCGCCUUCGUCGAGUACGAGAGCCACCGAGCAGCCGCCAUGGCUCGCCGCAAACUGCUGCCAGGUCGUAUUCAACUGUGGGGUCACGCCAUCGCCGUGGACUGGGCGGAGCCUGAGGUGGAGGUGGAUGAGGAUACCAUGGCGACCGUCAAGAUACUGUAUGUCAGGAACCUGAUGCUGCAGACCACAGAGGAGACCAUCGAGAAGGAGUUCAACAGCCUCAAACCAGGUGCAGUGGAGCGAGUGAAGAAGAUCAGAGACUACGCCUUUGUCCAUUUCACUCAGAGGGAAGACGCCAUCAACGCCAUGAACACCCUCAACGGAAAGGUGGUGGACGGGUCUCCUAUCGAGGUGACUCUGGCCAAACCGGUGGACAAAGACAGUUAUGUCCGUUACACCAGAGGGACGGGAGGACGAGGAAGCUCUCUGAUGCAGCCCGACUACGCUGCCUACACCCUGGGACAGGUGUACGACCCCUCGACGGCGUAUCUCGGUGCACCCGUGUUUUAUGCCCCUCAGGCCUACGCUGCCAUACCGGGUCAGUUCCGCUUCCCGGCGGCCAAAGCUCACGUUGGAGGUCGAGGUCUGAUCAGGACGCCGUCUGUCAGAGAAAUUUACAUGACUGUACCUGUAGGGGCUGCGGGGGUGCGGGGGCUGGGUGGGCGUGGCUACCUGGCCUACACUGCUGGGGGUGGAGCCGUGGGCCGAGGCGGCAGCGGCGGCGCCUCCUACGGUCUGAAGGGGGACAAGCAGGCGGAGGAGAAGCUGUAUGACCUGCUGCCGGGCAUGGAGCUGACCCCAAUGAACCCUGCCGCCAUGAGCAUGAAGGCUGCCGCCAUCAAACCUGCAACACAGGUUCUGGAUGAGUUGUGUCAGAAGAAUAACUGGGGUCAUCCGGUCUAUCAGCUCCACUCUGCCAUCGGUCCGGACCAGAGACAACUCUUCCUCUACAAGAUCACCAUACCGGCUCUGGCUACUCAGUACCCCAACGUCCAUCCCUUCACCCCUGCUAAGCUGUGUGCGGCUGUAGAAGAGGCUAAAGUCCACGCGGCCGAGCACACCCUGCAGACUCUCGGUAUGCAGACAGAGGUCCCCGCUGACGCCGGCUGCGCUACUGCUGCCGCUGUGGCUUCGGUAGCCUUCCCAGGUUUCGCUCUGGCGAGCCCGGCGUCGUCAGCGGUCGCCUCCCAGCUGAAGCAGGCCGUAUCUCUGGGUCAGGACCUGACCACCUACACCACCUACGAGGGCUACCCUGCGUUUGCCGUGACGACACGCCACAGCGAUGGAUAUGGCGUUUUUUAAGAACAGCGGUUUCCAAAAAGGAAAAAAAAAACACUCGUAGCUAAAGAGCAUUCUGACUAUCCUGUAAAGUAAAGAGGAAAGUUUUCAAUCUGAAGUGGACGCGUUUCCGCUGCAAAACUGGUUCCAAUAUUCAAUUUUAAUGAUUAUUUCUCAAAAAAAAAAAAAAACACAGAAGCAGAAUAGUGUGAAUGCUCCUUUAUGCUGCUGGUCACAUGGUGACUGCUCUCCAACUCACUACAGUUUUUACAGGAAGUCAAAAAAGUGAUAAAACUUUCCACAACACCGGGGUUCAUCUAAGUCACAGAAACAUUUUUAAUAACCGCUGCUGGAAAACGUUUCAGACUCGUCAGUCGCCCUGAAACAAAAUCCUCACCUGUCACAUCACUCACCUUUUCUUUAGAUGAUCUGUUUCUGCUACAUAUCUGUGAUUGUUUUGUGAUUGAUUAAGUAGUUGGUUUGGUUUGAAUCCAUUUUUUGAUCAGUUAAUAUGUUUUUUUUUUAACAGUUUUUAGUUUGUUUGCAUGUCUUUAGUAUUAUGUUUACAAUAUUCAGAAACUAAAUCUAGUUAAAUUUAAUGAUUUUGUUCAUAACGCUGCGUUAUUAUUAUCUCUAAGACAUCUGGGAUUUGUAGUUCUUUUGAAAGUCUGUCAAAGUUGGAGAAGCAGGUUUUCCUGAGCAUGAAAAAUAUGUGUAAAUUGUUUAUGAGGAAUCAAUAUUUUAACGUCAUAAUACAUCAGAAAAAGAUGAUCGGAGAGAAUCUGGAUUUUUUUAGUUCUACAAACUGUGAAUAUGAAGUUUUUUAGAUCUAGAAAGUGCCCGGUCAGCAUUUUGAAAGGUUUUAUUUUGACGACCUGUGUGCCAGUUUCCCUUAGUUGAUUUUUCUUUUUUGUGUUUCAGUAUUUUUUCAUGUUCACAUCGUGUGUUGUUGGUCCUGCUUCUCUUUUUUCUGUUCACAAAACAAAAGAUCCUACAAUUAGCCUCGUCUCUGGCGUCUUCAGCUACACUAAUGUUCCCUUUAAUGCUUAAAGGUUAAAGGUACCCUGUGCAGGUUUUGACCACUAGUAUUUAACCAGUUGAUCCUCAUCUUGUUUGUAUUGUAUGAGGACAUGUUGUCAUGUUGUCUUUUUCUUUUCCAGCUCCACACUGAUUAUUGCAGAAUAACAUCAACAACUAAAGCUCCAUAAUAGAAAAGAGCAUUUACGUUCAUGCUUCUUAAUGUUGGUAUGAAUAAAAUACAGAAAUUUAGUUGUGGAUUUGACAAAGAAAAAAAAUCGGAACUUGUUAAAACCGUCCUCUGUUAUUUUAACAUUUGAUAUACGAGUGACGUCAAAAUGACAACAUUGGAAAUUUGGGUUGUAGACCAUUAUUUUCUGUCUUGAUUAAUAUUUUGAUUAAUUGAUUGUCUUAUUUUGUCCAAACACCAGUCCAAAACACAAAGAUAUUUAAUUUACUACAAUGUAAGAUGAGGAAAAGAAGCAAAUUCUCAAAUUUGAGAACCUGAAAGCAUCAAAUAUUCUGCUUUUUUGCUUAAAAAAAAGGACCUAAUGAUUAAUCGAUUAUUGCUUAUUGUAGUUGCAGAUUAUUUUCUGUUGAUCGACUCACGUGGAAGUCAUGAUUGACCUUUCGGUGAGAUAAACAUCUUAUUAUCUGCACCUGCUGGUGGUGACGAUGAGUAUGAGUUGUGUCAAUGUGACAUCGUCUGUUUUUUCUGAUGAUGAGGAGCAACAAACAGCAGCAGCACAGAUCAGAUCGUUUCAGUCCGACUUGAUUCUUAUAUUUGUUUCUUUAAAUGUUUCUGGAGUUUUUAUGACUGAUGACAGACGCCGACACCCGAGCUGUGAACAUGCCGAAGCAGAGACAGUAUUAAAGUGUGUGAAGCACUUAGAACUUAUUUUUAUACCAGGAAAAAGAAGAAAUAUCCAAACACUAUUUGUAUAGAGUUAUUUUGCAUUCUUUGGACAUAAAAAAAAAGAAUCCAUUUGCCUCCAUAAUUGACCUGGAAACAGAAACGUGUGAAACUGAAUCAGGGUUUGAAAUCAAAACUAAUCUGUGAUGUGAGAACCAGAGCAGAGAGAAUUGUGGGUAUUCUGGAGGGUUUUUAGAUCACAAGAAGAAACUUGCUUUGAUAAAUUGUAAUGUUUCAUGAUUGAUAAUCUUCCCGAAAUAAAGAAACUGAAAUAAAAAUCUGAACAAA